AUGGUCUCUUUCUCUUGCGAGGCGUGUGGUGAUGUUCUCACCAAGAAGAAGCUGGACCCCCAUCGCGGCCAAUGUCGCGGCGCUUCCUUCACUUGUAUCGAUUGCAUGGUCCAUUUCUACGGAACCGAGUACAGAGCGCAUACGUCAUGCAUGAGCGAAGCGCAAAAAUACCAGGGUGCCCUGUAUAAGGAGAAGCCCCAGAAGAACCAGAAGAAGGGACAAAACCAGAACCAGAAGCAGAAUGCGAACGCCAAUGCGAAGCAAGCGCCCAACAACCGCCACCAGCAACCUCGUGUGGAGGAUGGCUCCGAGGGCGAGACUUCCAAAACCGCUCCUCCCCCUUGUCCCACGCCCCCUCCUGCUAGUGAGGUGCGCGCUCCCGCUGCUGCUCCUACCCCGGCCAACGACAAGCCCGUCAAUGUGUUCGACUACCUGGUCACCGAAGAGACCCCGAAUGCCUCCAAGGUUACUAUCGCGGAGCCCAAGGAACAAAUGAAGAUGAAGAAGAACGCCAAAUCGGUCUUCGAGCCCAGCGAUGCCCUGACCCGCGUGGAGGCCAAUCCCAGUACGGAUGACGAGGGUAAGAACUACGAUGUCGCAUACAACGAGCACGGCUUUUCCUACGGCACUGGCAAUAUCCCGCAUUCGAACCUUCCCCCUAACGCGUCUACAGAGUUUGUUACACCUGCGCCCAAGAAGAAGAAGGAUCGCAAGGAGAAGGUACCAGGCACGGCCAGCGAGAAGAAGCGCAAGCGCGGAGAACCAGAUGUCCUGAGCACCCCCCGCGAUGAAGCCGAUACCCCCAUGAUGGAUGCGCCAUCCAGCAUCAUCAACAACGCCGGCACCCCGAUGCUGAACCACUCCGGCCUCACCGGUGGCUUGAACCGCAUGAUGCGCUCGCCCUCCCCCGGCGACGACAGCCCCGAAACCCACCGCCGCGCCUACCAGGAUGCUUCAUCCCCGAUCAAGCGCAGUCGCCGCAAUGGCAAGGAAGCCAACGGUAACGGCGAUCCGGGUCUCGGAAUCUCUAUGAAGAACCGCGCCGAACGUCUUGUCUCAUCCAUGUUCGGUGGAUCGGUCGCUUCCAGCGUCAGCGGCCACACAGAAGCCAACCCCAAGGCCGUAACACGCGCACGUCGCGGCAGCGAUUCCAGCGCCGAUGGCCAGCUUGAGGUCCGUAAGAGCAAAAAGUCACACCGCUCGCGCGCCUCCCCCGAAGAGACCCGCAAAUCCAAGCGCAAGAGCAGCAACCCCGCCGAUGAAAGACCCACUCGCCGUCUGAAGCAGGUCGAUGAGCGUCGCGGAGAGAUCGAGUCCCCCAGUCACCAGGUCAUGGUCUAUAAGAACUCCAGGCCGCCUGCGCGCACUGACGAGGAUUUCCAGCGUGAACUUGCGCACCAAUUCCUUUCCAUUGUUGCCCCGAACAGUGUCCGUGGCUGCUCGAUCAAUAAGGCGCUGAAGCGUUUCCACCGUGAUCUCUCGACUGAGUAUGACGCUGAUGAGAGCUAUGAGCGCAGACUCGAUGACGAGAAGGAUCUUUGGAGGGCUUUGAGGUUGCGUCGUAAUGAUCGUGGUGAGAUUGUCGUUUUCAUUUAG